AUGAGCGACAUAGCUGAGCAGCUAACAAACCAACUAAGGCAGGACCUCGGCAACCUACCACAAUGGAAAACCGAGACCACACGCGAAUGUCUCGACAACGGCGACACACAAUGGAGCAUCACCAUAAAGUAUCACGAAAAGGCCUACGAAUACCACAAACUUCGUCUGCUUGCUCGCACCGUACAUCGACUGUGCAAAACGCAAAUCGGCAAACAUCCCGACAUUACGGAGGGUAUGAUCAAAAACUGGCUCACCGAGGAUAACUGGACUGAUGAUCAGGUAAGAACGGAGUAUCAGCGACAGUUCGAUGAAGCGCAACUCAAAAAGCGUCACGUAAAGAAGCUACUGUGCGAGAUGAGGCGGGAUUACGGAGACUGCCAUUUGGUCCGCGAUACACACGUACGUGAAUGGAAGAAGCAGGGUUUGGAAGAGGAUCAAAUCAGAGGUGAGUAUCAGCAGUACAUGAGCAAGGCUCCGUUGGCGAAUCGAGUGGCGGCCUUGCGGUAUCGCUUACAAAUCGAGGUGUCGGACAAGUUGGUCAUAUCGAAUGCUGUCUUACAGAAGGAAUGUCGUGACAAUCCAGACGACCUCGCCAUUGUGGACGCCAUUUCGGUGCAAUUCGACACUGCUCGGGGAGAAGCUGCGGGAGAAGAUGCAGGAGGUGUACAGGAGGGAGCUGCUGAGGAGGGGUAA